AUGGCUUCACUAAACACGCCCGCCAUACGACACCUCCUCCGCCAAACGCCUCCCCUCCGCGUGCCGCAACGACGAUGGGCGCGCGUACACGAUGUCCGCUUCCUCGCCACCCACCGCACCCGCGAGCGCAUCCUAGCCAAGUACCGCGACAAGCUUGACCGCAAGGCGAAAGAGGAGGGCCACGGCAGCGUAGACGAGCUCACGCAAGCCUACAAGGACAAGAUUACUAGUUUGCGCAAGCAGGCUGCUGUGCCGGGCGCGACUGCUCCGCUGGGGUCAGCAAACUCCCAGGCGCAGACACAGGCGCAGAAUCUGCCCUUCCACCCCCCGCCGCCUCCACAGCCAGUCCAAGACCUGGCCUCCUCGACCGGCAACCCGACCACCACGCCUCCGCCCCCUUCAUCCUCCCCCAAGACGCCAGCACCACCACCAGGCGUCAAGACUCUCUCGUCAUAUCUUGACUUGGAGAAGACCGCCGACCUCCCUACCACAGAAAUCGAGUACAUAUGGCGGCUACGACAUGCGUCCUCCGCGCAGUCGCUGUGCGCCGUGAUCCCCUCCCGAAUCUGGGACCAGAUCCGGCUCACCGCGUCGCGACACCCCCAAUUCAUCCUCCCGCUCCCCCGCGAAGGCCAAGGCGCCGAGAUACACUUCCUGCAGUGGACCUUCCCGCACCCCAACGUCGCCUCUGUCCUCUUCACGCACUUGGCGGAAUACAAGCUCCGCGGGGAAUUUGCCUCUCCGCACACGACUGUGAACGUGCAUCUGGAGCUUAAGGAGAGUAAGGGGGUUGUGCUGGUGCAGGGGCAGGUUGUUGAGGGGCGAGGCGUGGGGGUGGAGGAGGCGAAGUGGCUGCUGAUGUGUUUGCAGAAGUUCUAUGGGUUGCAGGGGGAGGAGGUGAGUAGGAAGAGGCUGUUGGAGCAGUUUAGUAAGGGGGAUGGUGGGUUUAGGGUUGAGGAGUUGCUUGAGGAGGCGGAGAAGAUCGUGUAG